AGAAUCGUUAAAUCUAUAUCUUUCAACAAAGAAACAUGAAUAUUAAAAUCGCAGGUAUUUUCAACAUCAUAGCUUUAUUGUUGCUGGUUGCUGGUGCUCUGGCUCCAGGCUGGAUAGUAUUCGAGCUGUCUGGCAAAUCAGUCAAUGUUGGACUCUUUUAUGCAGUCGCAAAUGGAUAUACUUCUAGUUUAGCAUUUAUUGGAUUACUAGAAUUCCAGAUAGAAGUGAUCAUUGGUAUCAUACUGUGCAUAAUUGCCACCAUUCUGAUAUUUAUGUAUGCUAAUAGACAGAAAGCCCACAGCUAUCUAAUGUCUCCUGUUAUUUUGAACCUGAUAGCAGGUGUUAUAACAUGUGUGGCAGUUGGACGAUUUUUACAUGCAGUUUUAAUACUUGAUCGCGGAUACGAUAUGGGAGUACCCUACUCCCUGAUACUUAGUGGUCUGGGUGCAGUCAUGUUGUUCGUUAUCAUGGUCGUUCUUAUUGCAAAGAAAACACAAGACAGUAACCAAACUCAGUCAUCACAAGGAAUUGUCUUGGCAAAUACUUCAAAACCUCAAGUGAAUAUGGGUUAUAGCCAGGAUCCAACACAGCAAUAUGGAAUUCCACCACAAUAUGGUGUAUAAGACACUGAAAAGUAUGCAGGGCCAGUUAUCAAAGCGAUGCAUUGAAUAGCAAUGCGCUGACUAUUAUUUAAGAUUCUGUUUUAAAAUACUAUGGAUUCAUUUAUUUUCGUAGGUACCAAUUUUCGUGGAUUGAGGAAAACUUUCGUGGAUAUCUAAUGUCAGGGUUUUGCCAUUUGUAAUUCGUUGAAAAUAUAAAUUCGUGGUUCAACUGUGCCUACGAAAUCCACAAAAAUUGAAUCCACAGUACUAUAGUACGUAAUUGCAUUUGUACAUAUAUCAUUCACAUUUAAUCAGAUAUGUCUAUGACACGCCAAUGAAAUAGUUUCUGUGAAAUAGAGUACCGAAAGCAUCAGAACAAGACAACUGUCUGUCCAUAUCCAGAAUAACCUCAUUUGAAUCUCAUAUAUAAUAUACUUUUAGAAAAGCUUAUACUUUUUACAGAUUUUUUUGUUUUCUACAAAUAUUAAAUACUGUUAUAUUUUUAUUACCUUUUUUAAUAAAAAUAAAAACCAUUCAAAACUG